AUGACCGCUUCCUGGGUGAGCGAUCAGUUGCACACACUGCUGGGCUGUAGUGACCACACAACGGUACAGUAUAUUUUGGCGCUGGCACGUAAAUCCGUCGAUGCCGACGAGUUGUUGGAUCGUUUCCGGAGCACAGAAGCGAUGAAGGAUACGCCGGAGGUUCGGCGAUUCGCCAGCGAACUGAUGGCACAGGUACCACAUGCAGGUAAGCUCGUUUUUGCGCACCCUAUUCGCACAGACCUUAUUUAG